AAACAUGACCGAUUUUGUACUGAAUUGCUAAGAUUCUACCGUGAACUGUUACACCUUGGUUUAAAAACGAAAAAACAUACAACUCUCCUCAAAGAAGUGAAAGAACCGAUUUCUUUGUUUGGAUCGGUAAAAUAGCACAGAAGAGACAAAGAUGCAUUACUGGGUUCGAGCUUCUUCCUCUGAUUUCGCCGGAACUCUUCCUCAACCUCGCAGUGGUCACACUGCCGUCAACAUUGGGAAAUCAAAAGUGAUCGUCUUCGGAGGCCUCUUGGACAAGAAGUUCCUCGCCGAUAUCGUCGUCUAUGAUAUUGAUAAUAAACUAUGGUAUAAGCCAGAGUGCACUGGCGGCACUGAUGGACAAGUUGGUCCGAGUCCUCGGGCAUUUCAUGUUGCUGUUGUGAUUGAUUGUCAUAUGUUCAUCUUUGGUGGGCGUUAUGGUAGCAAGAGGUUAGGUGACUUUUGGGUCCUAGAUACUGAUAUAUGGCAAUGGUCAGAGUUGACAAGCUUUGGUGAUUUACCCUCAGCACGAGACUUUGCUGCAGCUUCAGCUAUUGGAAAUCAGAAAAUUAUUAUGUAUGGUGGCUGGGAUGGUAAAAAGUGGUUGUCAGAUGUGUACGUCUUGGACACAAUAUCACUAGAGUGGAUGGAACUGUCAGUGACUGGAUCAUUGCCACCACCUAGAUGUGGCCACACAGCUACUAUGGUUGAAAAACGGUUGCUUGUGUAUGGUGGCAGAGGAGGUGGAGGUCCCAUCAUGGGUGAUUUAUGGGCUUUGAAGGGUUUAAUCGAAGAAGAGAAUGAAACACCCGGAUGGACCCAACUGAAGCUUCCAGGUCAAGCUCCUUCCGCACGUUGUGGCCAUACCAUCACAUCUGGAGGACACUAUCUGUUGCUAUUUGGAGGCCAUGGAACUGGUGGCUGGUUGAGUCGUUAUGACAUCUAUUACAAUGACUGCAUCAUCUUAGACAGGGUUUCUGCACAGUGGAAGCGAUUACCUACAGGCAAUGAACCCCCUCCUGCUCGAGCAUACCAUUCUCUGACUUGUAUUGGCUCACGUCAUCUAUUAUUUGGUGGCUUUGAUGGCAAAUCCACAUUUGGUGAUCUGUGGUGGUUGGUCCCUGAAGAGGACCCUAUUGCAAAUAGGCUACGUGCAACUUCACCAACGAAUCUUACUGAAAAUAAGGAUGUGAUGAUGGAAAGUAGUAGUGUCCAAUCUGAACUCAAGGAGGAAAGCCAAACAGAAGAAUCUGGUGUCUCAGAGUUGCGAAAAAGAUUAGGAAUAUCAGUUUUUCUCCCUAGUAAUGGGGUUCCUGUUGUGGAUGAGUUAGAAGACAGAGAACUUAAUGAACUAGCUUCAAGUUUGGUUGGAGAAAGAGUGUCCACUGGUGAACAUAUGGUACAUAUUCAGGCGCUUCGUGACCACUGGAGGAAUUCUACUGCAAGGUUCAUACCACUUAAAGAACUUGGGCCUUUGCUGCGGGACUACCAACGCCAAAUUACUCGUCGUCACCUGGAGAAUGGUGGUUCUGAUCCAAAGUUGAUUGAGUCUGCUUCUUCUAGAAAAGUGGCUUAUAGUUUCUAUCAUGUUAGAAAUGUCAACCAGUUGCGUAUGGAUGACAUCCCAAAGCUGCUGGCAGAGUACAAACAACUACUAUCAAAUUAAUGGAGUGUCGUCCCCUUCGGUUACAAUUGAAGAGGUGUAAAAACAAAGCGAACAAAGCCUUUCUUCUGCAACUAUUCUUACACAUUUUGUGCUCUCAUGUUUACUGGUACAAACCUCCCGUCGUGAAAUAUGAACUCAUAACUAUAGUGCGAAGAUCUACCACAGAAUUGCUGUGAUGUUGACAAUAUCAGUACCAUGUACAACCUCUGAAAUCCACUACUGCUCUUUUAGAUGAUUUUGUCUGAGUUGCUGUACUAUGGCUUCUGCUUGUUACGGAUACAGAUGUUUGUAUAGGCUCAUUUCAAUUUACAUGUAACUUUUCAUUUGGGCGUUGGUCUAAAGAUCGACGGUAAAGGUUGCAUCGUGAUACUAGGGUUUAAGGUUUUCUAACUAUCAUGUUAUGAAGUUUGCAAGCAGUACAUGCAAAGUACGUAGUUCACCAUGUCCUUGUGGAUAUUAAAACUAAGCUAGCUAGCUCAACUUCUCCCAUACUUUGCUAUGAACAUAGGCAAUCUAACAAGGUUGCUCAUCAUUUAGCUAGUAUGACCUUAUUUUGAAGCCCAGGUAAAGCCAAGUUUGGUGGUGUAUAUUAUAAAUCCAAAGAAAGCUAUAGCUCUCGAUUGUAAUCGCAUCUGAAUGAAAUAAAUUCAU